AACCAACAAAAACUAGUAUCAAGUUUUCCAUUAAUGAACACCAAACAAUGCUUAUAAAUAAACUCUCAACAACAACAUCACAUACAAUUCAAACCAAACAUUAUUAAACAUUUCAAAAAAGAAAAAAAAAUGGUUUUAAGAUUAGUUUCGCUUAUUCCAUCAUCUUCUCCGGCGAUCAAAUGGCUGGGAUUCGUGACGGCGAUAUGGGUUCAGGCAGUCGCCGGCAACAAUUACACAUUUUCCAACUACUCCGAUGCUCUGAAAUCGCUAAUGGUUCUGAGCCAACUCCAGCUCAACAAUCUCUCAGUGGCUAAAGAUGUGGGCAAGGCAUUUGGGAUACUAUCUGGGUUAGCUUCAGAUCGUUUUCCAACUUCAGUGAUACUCAUAAUUGGAGCAGUUGAGGGGUUUAUUGGAUAUGGAGUUCAAUGGCUUGUUGUUAGCCAGAGGAUUCCUCCUCUUCCAUACUGGCAGAUGUGUAUAUUUCUUUGCCUAGGAGGUAACAGCACAACAUGGUUGAACACAGCAGUUUUAGUUACAUGCAUGAGGAACUUCAAGCACAACCAAGGCCCUGUCUCUGGCAUCUUAAAAGGCUUUUUAGGCCUCAGCACUGCCAUUUUCACUGACCUCUCCUCCUCCCUCUUCUCCUCCAAUCCCUCCACCUUUCUCCUCACUCUUUCUAUCGGCCCCGCCCUCGUCUGCUUCUCCGCUGCCUUCUUCCUCCAUGAAACACCGCCUCCCACCGCCACCGAAGAAACCAAAGAACCACACAUAUUCCACUAUUUUAAUGUCGUGGCCGUCAUCAUAGCCUUCUAUUUACUAGCAUUCGAUGUCUCCGGUGUUCAUAUCCACAUAAUUUCUUUAGUAUUCGCUAUCGGAUUACUUAUCCUCCUUGCAAGUCCACUGCUUGUUCCCUUGUACUACAUUGUAGUCAGGCCUAGCUCUGAUUCAGAUGCUGAAGCACAAAUCAAGGAGCCAUUGCUUGUUGAGGAGGUUAAGAAAGAUGAAGAUGAUGUUGUUGAGGUCAAGAGAUGGCCAGUUAUUGGAGAAGAUCAUACGAUGUUUGAAGCAAUGCAGACUUUUGAUUUUUGGGUGUUGUUUGUGUCGUUUCUUUGUGGGGUCGGGACAGGGAUGUGUGUGAUAAACAACAUGGGACAGAUGGGAAGGGCACUUGGGUACAAUGAUGUUUCCAUUUUCGUGUCACUUACUAGCAUUGGGGGAUUCUUUGGUCGUAUCAUUUCAGGCAUGGCGUCCGAGUACUAUAUCAGCAAAUUUGCAAUGCCAAGGCCUCUGUGGAAUGCAGCUUCUCAAGUAUUAAUGGCUUGUGGAUUCAUUAUAAUGGCCAUUGCCUUCACAGGAUCUCUUUACAUUGGUUCAACAAUGGUUGGAAUAUGCUAUGGGGUCCGUCUUGCUGCCACAGUCCCAAUUGCAUCCGAGUUAUUUGGCCUCAAAUAUUAUGGCCUCUUGUACAACAUCCUCAUUCUCAAUCUUCCCCUUGGCUCCUUCGUCUUCUCGGGUUUGCUUGCUGGAUAUCUGUAUGAUGCUCAAGCUUCUAGCUCCCCCGGAGGCGGCAACGUGUGCAUCGGACCUCAAUGUUACAGGCUUGUCUUUGUGAUCAUGGCCCUUGCUUGUGUUCUUGGGCUUGGACUGGACUUACUGCUGGCAGUUAGAAUGAGGAGGGUCUAUUUGAAGAUCCAUUUGGACAAGAAGGGCAAAAUGGGAAUAGUGAAUCAAAUUGCCACGUAAGUGGUAAAGUGAAUUUGUAUUGCCAUUCUUUGGAGAUGAUGAGAAAGCUUUGAUUCAUUUACAUUGUGUUUUUACAUUGUGUAUGGUUGAGAAAUUUGAAAAGUAAAAGAGAAAAGAUAGGUGAAAUAUGAAUAAAAUAUACCAAUAUUUUACUUAGUUUCACACACUUUUUUCUUUUUUCUUUUUCCUUUUUUAAAUCUCUUUCCAAAUCUCCUAACCAAACAGAGCAUUAUGAUCAUGAUUAGGAUUUGUGCAGAAAUUCUCUCAAAUUGUGUCCUCUGUUUCAGUUGUGUAGUUUGUGUAGUUCCAGAGUAUGUUGUAGAGUUAGUGUUUGCUUUUAAUUCUAUGUGGGAAGUUCUUGAAGACUAUGUACUCAUAAAAAUAUUUUAAGAAAUUGUUUAGAAUUCAAAGUUAA